AGCGCGCGCCGCCAUGCCGCCCCCCGGGCCCCGCGCGGCCCUCCUGCUCCUGCCUCCGCUGCUGCUGCUGCUGCUGCUGCGCGCUGUCCUGGCGGUGCCCCUGGAGCGAGGCGCGGCCAAGGAGAGCCCCGCCACCGAAAGCCCGGACACGGGUCUGUACUACCACCGCUACCUGCAGGAAGUCAUCAAUGUGCUGGAGACCGACGGCCACUUCCGGGAGAAGCUACAGGCGGCCAACGCCGAGGAUAUCAAGAGCGGGAAGCUGAGCCGGGAGCUGGACUUUGUCAGCCACCAUGUCCGCACCAAGCUGGAUGAGCUCAAGCGACAGGAGGUGUCCCGGCUGCGGAUGCUGCUCAAGGCCAAGAUGGACGCUGAGCAGGACCCCAACGUACAGUUGGAUCACUUGAGCCUCCUGAAGCAGUUUCAACACCUGGACCCUCAGAAUCAGCACACAUUUGAGGCCCGGGACCUGGAGCUGCUGAUCCAGACGGCCACUCGGGACCUUGCCCAGUACGACGCAGCCCAUCAUGAAGAGUUUAAACGAUAUGAGAUGCUCAAGGAACAUGAGAGACGCCGUUAUCUGGAAUCCCUGGGAGAGGAGCAGCGAAAGGAGGCAGAGAAGAAACUGGAAGAGCAACAGCGCCGGCACCGAGAGCACCCCAAAGUCAACGUGCCUGGCAGCCAGGCCCAGUUGAAGGAGGUGUGGGAGGAGCUGGAUGGAUUGGACCCCAACAGGUUUAACCCAAAGACCUUCUUCAUACUGCAUGAUAUCAACAGUGAUGGUGUCCUGGAUGAGCAAGAACUGGAGGCCCUCUUCACCAAGGAGCUGGAGAAGGUAUAUGAUCCCAAAAAUGAGGAAGAUGACAUGCGGGAGAUGGAGGAGGAGCGGCUGCGCAUGCGGGAGCACGUGAUGAAGAAUGUGGACGCCAACCAGGACCGCCUUGUGACGCUGGAGGAGUUCCUUGCGUCCACCCAGAGGAAGGACUUUGGGGACACUGGAGAGGGCUGGGAGACGGUGGAGAUGCACCCUGCUUACACGGAGGAAGAGCUGAAGCGGUUUGAGGAAGAGUUGGCUGCCCGGGAGGCAGAGCUGAAUGCCAAGGCCCAGCGCCUCAGCCAGGAGACAGAGGCUCUAGGGCGUUCCCAGGGCCGCCUGGAGGCCCAGAAGAGAGAGCUGCAACAGGCCGUUCUGCAAAUGGAACAAAGGAAACAACAGCAGCAAAGCCACCAUGACCCAGCCAUCGGCCCUGAGGGACAGCUCAAGUUCCACCCCGACACAGAUGAUGCACCUGUUCCAGCUCCAGUCGGUGACCAGAAGGAUAUGGACACUUCAGAGAAGAAGGUUCCAGAACAGCCCCCUGAGCUACCCCAGCCUGAUUCCCAAAACCUGUGAUCACUCAGGGACCCUAGCCUUCAGGGUUCCUGCUGAGGAGGCUGAUGAAGGGGCAGAGGUGUCAUAAUCAGCCUCCUGUGGGGGCCUCAUGUCCCCUCUGGAGGUGGGGACCUGGGCAGUACUUCACACAUUGCUGCCCACUCCCUACAUCUGCCCGCCUCAGCCUCCCAGUCUGUGAUCCCUUCUUUCUGUCCCCCUCCUGGGGACCUGCCUUCUCUCUGGUCCAGUGGGGUCUUCACUGGAUCAGCCUAUCACAGGGCCGCCCCCUCCCUCCCAAGACGGUCUGUCUGUCCCAGACCUUCCUUUCUAGGUGGUUUAACCUCAGCUGCCCGGAUGAGACCACUCCAGCCUCCUGCAUCCCCUCAGCUGCUGGACUCCUGCCUGCUGCUCUGGACCCAGCUGUUGGUUUAUGGAACUGGGGUGCUCCUUUGAGAACUUUCUGUACCUUUUGUGGGACCAGUGAUGCCUCAAAGAUGGUGGCUUUCCGUGCACAGCUGGAGGCAGGGCAGCAGCGUCCUCCAAAGAGGUGAUCGACACUGACACCGGGACCCCAGACGCCCUCCAACCCCUGGCCUCCAGCCAGCUCUGUUUUCACCUCCUCCCUGACAGCUCCAGAAGGGUCCUGCAGCAGACGCUGUCACAGGAUCAGGGCCUGGCCUGAGCCCCACGUGGGAGGCCUGGCAAGGUCGGCCCUGUCCUUACCUGGCCUUGCCUUACAUGGCGCCCUGUCCUGCUCUCUACUCUGAUUCCACCCAAAUACACUCUCUGGAACAAGUCCCUGCUGCUGUGUCUUUGUAUAUAACCUGCUCCCUGUGGCAUCCCAGCCCCACUUGACCUAUCAAGGUCCCCGUUCAUUUUUUUUUUUAAAUUACAAGAGGAAAUUAUUUUAAAAAUAAGGGAACAUUGGCCUUUGAACAGGAUGAUAAGCAGGUGUCUCCAUUGGAUGCGUUUUUCAUUCAGAUUUUUGAAGCACAAAGGACCUGAGCUGUGCGCUAGGAAGUUGGUACAGGGAGGAACCCAUCCACGCCAUGAGCAGCUUGAGAAAGUCCAGUCACUUCUGCCUAGCUCCGAGUUGUGAAUAUGCUUAUGAAAAAGAGGCAAAGUUGUGCUUAGCGUUCAAGUUUAUCUCCCUGAAGUCCCCCUACGAUUUCUGUAUUUGAAAUAGAGGUAGGCCCCGGCUGGUUGGUAGGUAAGACAGAAGCCAAGUCACUUGCCUGGGAUUUGAACCCCGGGAGACCGGAGCCAAAGUCUGCCCCCGAGCAAUGUUCUUUCCGGAACUGAGUCUACGCUCCAAAGACUCUGAAGGAAUGAGUUACUGAGUACAUGUUGUGCUGUCUGCCCGGCACGCCGUCUGGCCUUCUCUCACAUGGUUGACUUCCUACGUGACCUCAACUUCACUGGUCUUUCUCUAGCACUUGAACGCGACCCUGCGACCCUGCUCGUCACCUCCUUCACGCCCCGUCACCUGUAGGGCGAGCUUUUUGGCCCAAAUGGCCCAGCUGACCUCUCCAUGCACCCCCUCCCUUGUGGGCUCCAGGCUGUCGCUACCAGAAGGAGCCAGUUACCUCUUCCGUGGAAGAGAUCCUCUCUCCUUCCAGUCAUGGAAAGCUCCCAUCAAAAUCUUGCAAGAUGAAGUUUGACUACCUCCCUGUCUCCCCAGCCUUUGCUGGCCUGCAGUAUAGACUAGGAGCCUCCCCUCCCCCAGGGCCCAGACGCCUAGCAUUGCCCUCAGUACGGACUGCAGAGGGGCCCCGGGUCCACAUGUCAUUGCUGCAACAAAAUUAUCACUGACUUAAUGGCUUAAACCACGCAUUUCUCAUCGUACACUUCUGGAAGCCACACGUGCACAAAGGGUGUUGCUUGACUCAAAUCAAGGUGUCUGCAGAACUGCGUCUUUCUGGAGGUUCUAGGGGAGAGUCUGUGUCCUCAUCUUUUCCAGCUUCUAGAAAUCACCUGCAUCCCUUGGCUGGUGUCCCCUUCUGCCAUCAUCAAGCCACAAUGUUGCAUUUUCAAAUCUCUUAUUAAUCUCUUCCAAAUCUCUUAAGGUCUCUUUCAAAUCUCUUGAUCACUUCUGUGAUCUGAUCCACCUGUCUCGUCUUGCAAAGACAUUCGUAAUGACACUGAGCCCAAAAGCCUCAACUUAAUCAUGUUGGCAAAGACCCUUUUACUUUGGGCUCUGGUGACAAGAUGGCGGAUUCUGGGGGGAGGCGAGCGUUAGUAAGCCCAUGACAGGCUGUGUCUGUUUACCCUACCAGAGGGCCAGGGGGCAACAUGAGGUUCCACCAGCACAUAGCCAAGUCCAGAGCAAAACUGUAGGCUGAGUGAAUAUUGAGUCAGAGCAGUGAUGGGCACCACAAAAAGAGGCUGCCAAAUUAGGUCUCUGUCCCUGCUGCUCCUUCUGAAAACCCUUCAGCCUCCCUUGCAAGCCCCCUGUGGAAUGGAAGGGCUUUCUCCCCUGCCCGCAUCCCCAGCCCCAUCUUGCAUCACACUCACCCACACCCUUUUUCAGUUCUCAGAACACAGCCCUCGCUCAUGCUGUUCCCUCUGUCACUGUUCCUCGUACUACCUACCUCCUGCCCCACCCUAGACUGCUAACUGCAUGAAGACCGAGAAGAUGUAGCUCAUUUCGGAUGUGCCCCCAAGACUUGCAGGGAUCAGGUACUCAACAAAUACCUGUGUUCCUUUGAGAAGACUGGUAUGAUCUUGGAAGUUACUUCUGGGAUUUCUGGCUUUGAACGGACUGGGACAGAGCCUUCCCCUCUCACCACGAUUUUAGCUUUCUCCAAGGUCUCUAGAUGAUGUUGCCAACAAGUCCUGCAAAAAGCUGUCACCCAAAUUCCUACCAGUUGGCAUCCUGGCUCAGACUGGAUUUGCCACAAUCUGCCUUGUCUACUUGUAAGGAGAACAAAGGAGUGAGGAAGUGUGUGUCUUUCUUGGGGUACAGCCCCACAGUGUGGGAAGCUGAGCCCCAGUCAAGCAGCCCUUGCCAGAAGACAUUGAAGAAUGCCUUGUCUGUUUGCUGACCCCUUGCCUCUGAAUUCCCUCUCUGCCCUCAGUUAAUUCCCUGCCGCGUGCUUAACCCCCGCGGGGUGCCUCCUGGGGACAGAGGGAGCUUGACCUGCUGAGCGAAUUCCGGUCCUGGGUCAGUGCUUUCCUUAAUUAUGAACUAAAUUAAUACAGUGGAACAGUUCAGCAGGUGGACUCUGAGACCACUGCCGUUGGGUUUCAACCCCAGUACCUCACUUUCUAGAUGUGUGACUCUGGCAAGAAUCGUGACCCUUCCCCGUGCCUCAGUUUCCUCCCCUACAAAAUGGGACCUAUUUCAGAGGGUCAUUGUGAGGGUGAUAUAGUAUUCAGGAAGACUUUU